CGUUCUCCGCCGCCGCCUCUCUCCUCCCAGGAACCUACUCCGACCCCGGAACCAACUCCAACCCCGAAACAGACUCGUGCUCCCGUCUACACAAACAAACGCUCUCGCGCGCCCACCCUGUCUCCUUCCCGUGCGCGAUUUGGUUUCCAGUAGGAUGUCUAAGCGACGAUGGCAGGCCGAGGAUGGUCAGGCCAACUGCCAUGACCACCGCAGCGGCAAGAAGCACAAGAGCCUCUAUCUCGUUCUAGAUGACUGGCACAGGGGCUUCACGAUCCGCAAGCUUGACGCUGAUAGCCCAGACCUAAGCACCCCCCCUGUCGCCCGGCUAGUGGCACCUGUGUAUAAUCGUGCCAUGAGCUUUGCAGCACUGGGAAGCAACAUCAUAGCUACUAGCAACCAAUAUGCUGCAACCGUGGUCUUCGACACGGAAGAUGCUGCUCUGGCAAUGGGAAAUCCCCUACCUGAUUCACUUCACAAUACUGCCAACUUCUUUUUCACUGCCGGCGACGUGCUGUUUGCGUUUUCCUACGACUUCAUGUUGCAGCCUCACUCCUUUGAAGUCCUGACCGCCACCAAGGAUGACAUGGUCAACCCUUUGUGCCCGAGCACUGACUGGUCCUGGAAAAGCGUUCCGGCACCCUUCACCAAGGAUGAAAGGAUCCAAUCCUAUGCCCUUCACCCGGACGGACACACCAUAUUUGUGUCCGCUUACAUCAACCGUGUCCGCGGUGGUGUCACAUUCUCCUUUGACACCAAGAACCGUGAAUGGAGGCGCCAUGGGGAUUGGAUGUUGCCUUUCAAUCUUGAAGGCUACUUUGACGCCGAGCUAGAUGCAUGGGUUGGGCUACACCGAGAUGGCUACAUCUGCUCCUGCCAAGUUCCCUCCCUCAACAGUAACACCAGCAGCACAUUGCAGCAGCCCAACUGGAAGAUGGCCAAGGACCACAAGAUGUGGAGCCCACCACAUCAGUUAGCUAAAGGGCGAGGGGCUACUCUCACCUACAUGGGCAACUCCAGGUUUUUCCUUGUUGAUUGCGUGGCGGCCGAUGGUUUAGAGUUCAGGGAUGCUUUUGGUGACUCUGAUGGCUGCGUGCUCAACAUGACCACGUUUCGUCUCAGGUACGAUCGUGAGGGCAAUCUGCGAAUCAAAGACAGGAACACUACCUCUUGUCCUGUGUCUAAGCAACUCUCGUCAUUCUCCCCGGUGGCGUUCUGGAUGUAGCUGCGUCAAGGAAAUCAAACUUGCUGUUUUUAUUUAUUUGGCUGUAUGUCAUGCAUACUAGCUAUGUUCAUCGUCCUAUCUGUAAGAUACUCCCUCCUUUUUUUCUAUAUACAAGGCCAC